AUGAUUUCGUUGCUCGCUGGUAUCCUUCUUCUAGGCGUACACGCGCAGGAGGAGUUUACAUGGAAUCGAUGGGAGCAGCGAACAGUGGAUUGCAUUUCGAGUGGGGCAAAGGACGAGUGCAUACUGCAAGCCCCUAGGGCUACUUUACCAAAGGACCCUAAGGAAUACAAAUGUCGCCGCGAGCCAAUGCCUCAGCACGCGUGGAAUCAACUUGCGCGAAACUCAACUACACGACUGGCCUGUCCUAUCGGAUGCGAGCCAGAUUUCGAUCUUUCCGUCAGUAGAAAAGUCAUAACAAAAGUCCCCUUCGAUAACGACAAAUGCCAAAAGUACUACACAUAUGGAAAAUAUCGUGAUCAAAAGGAGAAUGAAUGGUAA